AUGAAGAUCUACAAUCCGAUCGAUACAACCUUGCGAUGGAUAUCGCAAAAAUAUGGGAUCAACGAUUUCAUGCUGAGAUAUGCCCUUUGUCUGCUAGGAUCUUUCCCUUUCAAUGCGAUCUUGAAGAGGCUGCCAGACAGGCGGGUGAGUUUGAAAUGUUGUUACAUUACCGGGGUGUCGAUGCUAUACCUCUUUGGAGUGCUGAACCUUUAUAAGGGGUUUCAAACGCUUUUCAUCAGCACCAUGUUCACAUAUGUUAUCACAAGAUUCUACCGGUCGAGUUUCAUGCCUCAUUUGAACUUCAUCUUUCUGAUGGGACAUCUGGCAUUCAACCAUCUGCACGCGCAGUUCAUUAACGCUUCUAACAGCGACACAGUGGAUAUCACAGGCUCGCAAAUGGUGUUGGUUAUGAAAUUGACAGCUUUUGCAUGGUCUUAUUACGAUGGAUCUUGCGAGAAAGACAAGAAUUCGCUGACGGAUUAUCAAAAGUCCCGGGCGAUCGAGAAACAUCCAUCGUUGUUGGAAUUUCUAGCGUACGCAUAUUUCUAUCCUAGCCUGUUGACUGGCCCAAGUUUUGACUUUGCAGAUUUUGAUAGCUGGCUGAAUUGUGAGAUGUUCCAUGACCUGCCAGAGAAGAGAAAACCCAGGAGACGUCUACACCCUGGACAGAGAAGGCAGAUUCCAAAGAACGGCAGACUGGCUCUGUGGAAGGUGAUCCAAGGUUUGGGAUGGAUGUAUCUCAGUGCCGUGGCACCAAAAUACAUCUCAGUAGACUACAUGUUGGAUUUUGAAAAAUUCAAUCAAAGAUCAUUCUUCUACAGAAUAAACUACAUGUACUUUCUGGGGAUGACAUUUCGUUUCAAGUACUAUGCUGCUUGGACGAUAGCAGAGGCAUCUUGCAUAUUAUGUGGGUUAGGGUACAAUGGAUAUGAUCCGAAGACGCAAACAAUAAAGUGGAAUCGUGUUCAGAACAUCGACAUAUAUUCAGUGGAAAUGGCACAAAGUACCAGGGAGAUGCUGGAAGCCUGGAACAUGAAUACAAAUAAAUGGUUGAAAAACUAUGUCUAUUUGCGUGUGGCUAAGAAAGGUAAGAAACCAGGGUUCCGUUCCACUUUGUUCACGUUUUUGACUUCCGCAUUUUGGCAUGGAACUAGACCAGGCUAUUACCUAACCUUUGCAACUGGUGCACUUUAUCAAACUUGCGGUAAGAUAUACAGACGCAAUUUCAGGCCAAUGUUUAUGGCAGAAGACGGAAAAACUCCUCUCCCAUACAAGUGGAUCUACGAUGCAAUUUGCUUCUAUGUCAUUAAAGUAGCUUUUGGGUUCAUGGUUCAGCCCUUUAUCAUUCUAGACUUGAAAAAAUCUUUGCAAGCUUGGAGCUCGGUCUAUUUCUACAUCCACAUUGGUAUCGCUAUAACAUUCUUCCUAUUCAAAGGUCCUUAUGCAAAGCAGGUUAUCAAGUUCUGCAAAUCAAAACAACCCAAAGAAAGGUCAAUCAUCAAACAGAAGAAAUUGGAACAGGAGAUUGCGACUUCAUCUGCAUCUUUAGGUGGCAUACUCUCUGAAAAGCUUGCUUACGAGAAGAAACAUCCUAAAGAAGUCGAGAUGAACCUGGGCAUACCAGCGAUCGACUCAUACGAAAUGUCUGACGCUAAAGAGGCAUGGGAAGAGUUCCGCAACGAUUACAAUGAUUGGAGGGAGAAGAAUGGGCUGGAGAUAGAAGAAGAAAACCUCGCAAUUGCUUUCAACAGGUUCAAAGAAGAACUUCGUAGCGCUUCUGCUGACCCCACCACUGGAGUGAAAAGGAGAAUGAGCUUCAGCGAGUAUUUGCCCAAGCCUACUCCUGAAACGGAAGAUCACAACUGA